AUGAAAGAGAUUAAUGGGAACUUGGAUAAAAUUGCUGAGGAGCGAAUGAAAUUUCAUUUGCAAGAGGUGGUCGUGGUGAAUAAAGGUGGAAUUCCUCAAUGGCGCGAAACCAGCUCUUUUUUAACUGAAGAUCAGGUGUUCGGAAGAGAAAAGGACAUAAAAAGUAUUGUCGAACAGCUGGUGGUGAAGGAUGCAAGUGACUGCCAAGAUGUUUCUGUCCUUCCUACACUUUGUAUUGGAGGGCUCGGAAAGACAACACUUGCGCAGCUAGUGUUCAAUGAUAAGAGGGUAAAGGAGUAUUUUGAGCCAAGAAUUUGGGUUUGUGUUUCAGACAAUUUUGAAGUGAACAGGGUCAUAGAAGCAAUUAUAGGGGCAUCUAGUGGAGGCUCAACCUUAGAACAUCUUCAAACACAACUUCAAGAUAAGUUGAAUGGGAAAAGAUAUUUGCUUAUUUUGGAUGAUGUGUGGAACGAUAGUCAAGAAAAGUGGGACAAGUUAAAAUCCAUACUGGCCUAUGGAUCAAAGGGUGCUGCAAUUAUUAUCACUACCCAUCUUGAAAAUGUGGCAUCAAUUAUGAGAACACAGCCUGUAUAUCGUUUGUCGACUUUGUCAGAAAAUGAUUGUUGGUCAUUAUUCAAACAACGGCCAUUUAAAGACGAGUAA